AUGUUUUUAACACGAAGUGAAUAUGAUAGAGGAGUUUCAACAUUCUCACCUGAAGGUAGAUUAUUUCAAGUUGAAUAUUCUUUAGAAGCAAUUAAACUAGGUUCUACAGCAAUAGGAAUUCAAACAUCAGAAGGUGUAAUAUUAGGAGUUGAAAAAAGAGUUACAUCAUCACUUUUAGAAAGUUCAAGUAUUGAAAAAAUAAUAGAAAUAGAUCAUCAUAUAGGUUGUGCAAUGAGUGGAUUAACUGCUGAUGCAAGAUCAAUGAUUGAUCAUGCUCGUGUAUCAUCUUUAACUCAUAAUUUAUAUUAUGAUGAAUCAAUUGGUGUAGAAAGUUUAACUCAAAAUGUAUGUGAUUUAGCUUUAAGAUUUGGUGAAGGAGCAGAUGGUGAAAAAAGAUUAAUGUCAAGACCUUUUGGUGUUGCUUUAUUAAUUGCUGGAUGGGAUGAUAUAAAAGGACCACAAUUAUAUCAUGCAGAACCAAGUGGGACAUUUUAUAGAUAUGAAGCAAAAGCUAUUGGAUCAGGUUCUGAAGGUGCACAAUCUGAAUUAAAUAAUGAAUAUCAUAAAAGUUUAACUUUAAAAGAAGCUGAAAUUUUAGCUUUAAAAAUUUUAAAACAAGUUAUGGAAGAAAAAUUAGAUUGUAGAAAUGCUCAAUUAGCUAGUGUUACUAAAGAUGGAGGAUUUCAAGUUUAUAGUGAUGAAAAAACUGAUGCUAUUAUCAAAGUGUUGAAUGAACAAGCUACUGAUGAAGAUACCAUAAUGAGUUAG